AUGGCUUUAUCAAAUGCACCAUCAGAAACACCAACUUUCCAAGAACAAGGAUCAACUCUUGAUGCAACAAUUAGAACCCAAAAGAAUAGUAAUAGAGGAAAAAUUGAUCCUGUAUGCGGCCAUUAUAAACAAGUUAUGGAUAAAGGAAAACCAGUUCUGUUAUGUAUUUAUUGCGAGAAGCUUAUUAGGGGUAGAGGAAUUAACCGGGUUAAGCAUCAUUUGGCUGGAAAAGGCGGAGAUAUUGAGGCAUGUCGAAAGGUGCCAACUGUAGUGAGACACCAAUUCAACCAAAAUAAUGAAGAUCUUCGAACCAAGAAAAGAAAAACUCAAGAAGAAUAUGCAGAAAUUUAUAAUUCUUGUGAUGAAGUUGAAAGAGAAUUUGAUGAGAUUGAACCAACACCUGGAGCUCAACCAAUUAUCAAAAGAGUUCUCCAAAGCAAAGAAAUUGUGAAGAAGUGUGAUAUUGCUAUUGUGAGAUGGAUGAUGGAUGCCUCUGUGCCAUUUAAUGCGGUUAAUUUAGCUUAUUAUCAGUCGAUGAUCGAUGCUAUUGCAAACAUGGGUGCAGGAUAUAAAGGGCCAAAUUAUGGAAGAGUUCACGGAUAUUUGUUGAGUAAAUUGGUUGAAGAUGUAAAGAAAAUGAUUGAAGAUUAUCGUAAAAUUUGGAAACAAACUGGAUGUACUAUCAUGGUCGAUGGAUGGACUGAUCGUUGUAGGCAUACCUUAAUUAAUUUCUUGAUUUAUUGCCCUAAAGGAACUAUUUUUCUAAAGUUAGUUGAUACUUCUCAUGUCUCAAAAACUGCUGAUACUUUGUUUAAGUUGCUUAGGGAUGUUGUAUUAUUUGUUGGUCCUGAGAAUGUUAUACAUGUAGUGACGGAUAAUGCUACAAAUUACGUUGCUACUGGAAGGUUGCUGGAAUCGAAGUUAAUUGAUACUAUAGGAACCGAAUGA